CGUCGGAUUCGGAAAGUAAACAUGAGGAAGGAGGAGCAGUUGUGAGUCGUUUUCACUGUCACACAUUGAAUUUCGCAGUUUUCGCAGUCGUAGGGCCGAGUUUCGUCGCGUUCGCCAACAGUCCGUGCCAUGUCAUCGGCCAUCGUGCCGACUUAAGCCGAAUUCGCCCGCCGGAGCGCCGUGAUGCCUUAAACUCGGCCACAUAUGGAGUCCCUCAGGAAGUGGUUUUACAAGCCCAAGAAGGAUGACACUUCCUUACUGGCGCGUUUUUUCUAUGCCGACGAAGCUCUGAACCUGGUGGCCGCCGAGCUGGACAGCUUCGACGGCCGCAAAGACCCUGAGCGAUGCACCCUGCUGGUGACCCACUUACGGCAGUGCCAGGACAAAGUGCUCAACAUCUGCAACCGCAUCAUGGAGCAGCUCAUUCCUGACGAGAGGGCCAACCGGGACUUCCGGGUCAAGUUCCCGGACGACGUCAUGCAGGAAAACCUGGCCGGACAGCUCUGGUUCGGAGCUGAGUGCCUUGCUGCUGGCUCGAGCAUAAUGAACCGAGAGCACGAAAGCGCCGCCAUGCGCCCUCUGGCCAAAGCCCUGACCAAGUCCCUCGAAAACGUCCGAAACAUGCUUCGGGAGCAGUGCUUCAGAUCACCACCUGAGUUCGGGGAACGCCUGAUUGAGGCAUUGAAAAUCUUUGAUAGGCUGUUUGCCGAGUUUGAACUGUGUUAUGUGAGUGCGAUGGUGCCUGUCAAGUCGAGGGACGAGUACGAGUUGCAGCAAAACGUGAUUGUUCUCUUCUCCGAAACUCUGCAGAGAGCCUUGAGAAUGAAGCUUCUCAGCCAAGACAAAGUGGAUGACUGUGAUCCUGCACUGAUGUUCACCAUUCCAAGACUGGCGAUCGUCAGUGGCCUUCUUGUUUUCCCUGACGGACCUCUGUGUCUCGACAAAUCACCAGCCGAUAUUUCAGAAAUGUUCCGUCCCUUUCAGACUUUACUUCAUAAAAUUAGAGAGCUGUUAUGGACUUUGAGCAAGCUGGAGUUGUUCAAGUUGGAGAAAAUGUUGUGUUCAUUAGAGGAGCCCUCCGACUAUAGACCCAACAAUGAAGAGGACUCGUCUCCGUCGUGUCCAGUUCCUGACCUCGAUGAUUAUGUCACUCGUUUUUACAACGACCAUCCCAGUUGCAAACUGCUCAUUGCCGAGCUUUACUCUCAGAAAGAGGAACCCGCAGCGCCGGAAGAACAAGAGUGGAAUGAUGAGGUGUCUGAGUCGGAAACUGUUGUUAACACAAGCGAAGAAGACAAAGAGGAGGAAGAAACAGCCAAGGAAGCUAUGCAGCAAGUACAACAGAGCUUAGCAACAUUCCUAGGAUCAGAAACAAGCGAUUCAGGAAUAGCCAGUCUAGACAGGACACCAGACGAUGCCAUCGUAGCCACUACCUCGGCAACAACAGCCACCACUCAAUCGGGUUGGGCAGAUCGACCACAAGGAAUUGUUGUGACCCCUGCUGAAAGGUUUAACUAUACCGGGAACUGGAACAACAUGAUCCAAAAUCAGCGGCAGCUCAUUAAAGGAAAGAGAAAAACGUCACCCAGGGGAAGUAGAAAGUCGCCUCGUAGAGAAAAUAUGAGUAGAAAUCAUACCAAUUCCAGUGGCAUGGUUCUUGAAGUUCCAAAGAGUCAACUGUGCAGGGAUGUGUCUGGAAGUUGUGGGUCAAGUUGUAGCUGUUCAAGCUGCAGUAGUGAAACCUCCGAGUUCAAUUCGGAGUGCCAAGACGACGAGGAAAUUGCCCUGGCCAUGCAAGCAGCUGAAAUUGCGCACAGAAACAAAACAAGAGCCAAGUUCCGAUCAAGUGAUGACUUGGUGCACCGACUGUUUGUCUGCGUGGCCGGGGUGGCCGACCAGUUGCAGACCAAUUUUGCCGGUGAUUUGAGGAACAUCCUGAAGUGUGUCUUCCUGAUGAAUGCCUCUGAGCAGUCGGAGGAAGAGGAGGAUGAUGUUUUGAAGGAGACAGAAAACGAGAACUGUGAUCAUGUCAUCAAUGAUGAUGACAAUACCAAUGUAGAGAAUGCCGAAGAGGCGAUGCAGAGUUUAGAAGCUAUAGAGGCUAGCCCACCUGAGGGUGUUGGUUCCACCUUCGAGUCCCCACCGCCGUGGGUGCCUGAUCACAUGGCGCCAAGAUGCAUGACAUGUGAGGCCCUGUUCACAGUGGUCAGGCGGAGACACCAUUGCAGACACUGCGGCAAGGUUGUUUGUGCCCGCUGCAGUCCUAACUCGGUUCCGCUCCCACGCUACGGUCAGAUGCGACCAGUUCGAGUGUGCAAUCGCUGCUUCAUGUACCAAGUGACUCCAUUCACCAUGGACGACAUACCAACGAUUCAAACUGCGACCACCUCCUAGCUAGUGAUUUUAUUUUUUACCGAUUAGCGUUUGUCAGUAUUGUGGAGAGACGUGUUUUGUUAUACUUUUAAAUCCGUUUAAGAUAAGAAUAUAAUAUACUGUCACACAAAGAUGAAAACAUACACACAGUUCCUUUUCAACUUAAGUUUUUAAACUGAGAGACGUUUCAAUAAUCUUAAAACGACGCAUACUUACGUAAAUUGACUAUAAAUAUAUUGAAGUGUUAUAAUGCUGUGUGGAAAACGUGGAUGAGGAAACUGAUUGUCUUCCCUUGCUAGAAUUGCAUAAAUUUGCUUUUAUUUUUGAACUACUUCAUUUGAUUUGAAAUUUGAACUUAAGGUUUUGAAAGCUGGAUGGUUUAUUGAGAUAAAAGUGAUCAAAACUAAUGAUAUUUGGUUUUGAAAAUAAAACAAGAAACAAGAAUUAAAUUUAAUCCUGUGUUUGCAGGGGUUGAAAAUAAAAAUAUAAAAAAUAUGA